AUGCUUAAAAUUUGUUUCGCACUGCUCCUGAUUGGUACAUUGUGAUCGGCGUAUUCUGUCCAGGAACGUCUAGCUGAUAGUCUUUGGGUUGCUAAAAUUAUACAAACCUCCCAGAACGACAAUAGCCAAAUCAAUAGAAUCCAGGAACAACUUACCAUAUACAAUCGUCUGUCUCCAAGCUUGAGACCAGAUAAAAGGGCGGGAAUUGACAAAAUCAGUGAAUAUAGGAUAGAAAUCCUAGUCGAUGGAGUCGAAGGUAGUUCUAGGACGAAGUUCAUUAGGAAGACUAGAUUCUUUACCGAACUCGGUACAAGAAUUGUAGCAUAUUUACUAACUGGUUUACAUCCAGCACAGCUGGAUUAUAAGCUAGCCAUUGAAAUCAUUGACAUCUUUCUUGUGAUAAAAUAA